UUUCCCCGCCCCCCUUCCUACCCCCACAUAAUUUGUCUGCCCCACACACGAUUAAUCUACUACCCCGUCCUAAUCCGCAUUAUUCACAAUGAUCUCCUGGGCCAUCCUCUCCUCUGCUCUCGCCUUCCUCGCGGUCGCGUCUCCGGUCCCGGAGUCGGACCUGCAGCCUCGCGCUCGCGCGCACGUUUACAGCAGUUGCUCAGUCCCGGACACGGUUGCUCUGACUUUUGAUGACGGCCCCUACGAUUACAUUUACGACAUCUCCGGCAAGCUCCUCGAGAAGGGCGCCAAGGGCACCUUCUUCUUCAACGGGAACAACUACGAGUGCAUCUACUCCGACGAGAACAUUGCUCGCAUCCGCUACGUUUACGAGUCGGGUCAUCAAGUCGCUUCGCACACCUGGAGCCACCCGCAUCUGAACCAGCUUUCAUGGGAUCAAGUCCACGAUGAGAUGUGGCGCGUCGAACAGGCCCUGCAGCGGAUUGUCGGCGUCACGCCCGCCUUCAUGCGUCCUCCCUACGGUGAAUACAACGACAACGUCCGCGAAGUUGCUCGCGCCCGCGGCCAGAGUCUCGCGACCUGGGACUUCGAUUCCGGCGACUCUGUCGGCGUCUCCGCUAGCGACAGCAUCCAGCGCUACCGCGACAUCGCCAACCAGCGUCCGAGCAACAUCCUGGCCUUGAACCACGAAGUCUACGCAUCCACUGUCUGGGAGGUUCUCUCCGAGGCCAUCGACAUCCUCCAGGCUAAGGGCUACCGCCUCGUCACCCUCGCCGAGUGCCUCGGCAAGGAGCCCUACCAGAAUGUCGGCCAGCGCGGCCAGAAGGAUGGUUCCUGGCAGUGCUGAGCGGCCCUUUGGCCAACUGUGGAUCCAAGUGCAACCAGGCACAUGACCAGUCAGCUGAUCAUGACGGACUAUCGUAUUUCGAAUUUCUUUACCGCUCCCGGACCGCAUCUCCUCACCCCAUCAUGAUACGCUCCGUGGUUCGGCUUUCGCUUUGUACCUCCUCCUUACCGAGGCAGCGACACCCUUACCCUGCUUGGCUUCGGUUCUGCUCGGACGAUUAACUCAUUGACAUUGACAUUCUACGCGUACUCAAUGUACUUCACGGACACUAAUUCGACGCUGAACUUUAUUCCAUCCCAUCCCAAUCCUUGGCGCUUUGAAUAAGGAUCGCAGUGAAACCC